GAUUCACAAAAAUUUCAAUUAGGUCCAUUUACUCAUUCGAAAUCAUCGGAUGAAAACAAUCAUUGUUUACAAUUUUGGUAUUCCAUAUAUGGACAAGGCAUUGGUAGAGUUACAAUUGUUUAUAACAAAACAAAUAAUUAUCAAAAUGAAUAUUUAUUUACAUUCAAUUGGAAAGAUCAAGACAAAAACUGGAAACAAAUCGAACGAACAAUUUCCAAUGUUUACGAUUAUAACCUUAUUUUCGCAUAUGAAUCAAUAACAUCAGAAUAUAAUUAUAUUGCAAUUGAUGAUAUUAGUAUUAUCAAUGGAGCAUGCGUACCAAAGAAAGUGAAUAAUCAACGUCGAAAACGACGGCAAAUUAACCCAGGUUGUAGUCGUGUUAUUGAUUUGACAACAACGUAUACAAUUGCAUCAAUAACAUCACCAAAUUAUCCAAAUUUAUAUCCAACAAAUGCUCAAUGUUAUUAUUACAUUCGAGCACCACAAUCUUAUCGAGUUAUACUUCAAUUUACAGAUUUCAAUAUACCGACAUAUAAUAGAAAUAGUUGUGAUGAUUCUGUUGAAAUACGUUAUUAUCAUCUUGGACAACCAGGUCCAACUUACUGUGGAACGGGUGCUAAUUCUAAUAAUUUACAAUUUGUUAGUUCAAAAAAUUAUAUAAUGAUUGUUUUUCGAUCAGAUCAAAAUACUGCUGGACGUGGUUUUCGUGCACAAGCGAUACUUGCUCAGUAG